CCAUUUGUCAAGUCCCGUAAUUGGGCCCUAAACUGACAAAUGCAAGACAUCCUAAUAUAUUUAAGGGAGGAUUCGAUUUAGGGUUUUUUGGCUUCUCGCUUUCUGCACUGCAGCACGGGAGGGUUUAGAUCUCGCCAUGGGGAGAAGACCUGCAAGGUGUUAUCGUCAAAUAAAGAAUAAACCCUACCCAAAGUCGAGGUAUUGUCGUGGGGUCCCUGAUCCUAAGAUCAGAAUUUAUGAUGUUGGAAUGAAGAAAAAAGGUGUUGAUGAGUUCCCAUUCUGCGUCCAUCUUGUGAGCUGGGAGAAAGAAAAUGUUUCAAGUGAGGCAUUGGAAGCCGCUAGGAUUGCCUGCAACAAGUACAUGGCCAAGUUUGCUGGUAAGGAUGCAUUCCAUCUGAGGGUGAGGGUGCACCCAUUCCAUGUAUUGAGGAUCAACAAAAUGCUUUCAUGUGCUGGAGCUGAUAGGCUCCAGACUGGGAUGAGGGGUGCCUUUGGAAAACCACAAGGGACAUGUGCUAGAGUCAGCAUUGGUCAGGUCCUCCUUUCUGUCCGUUGCAAGGACAGCAACAGCGCGCAUGCACAAGAGGCCCUCCGCCGUGCAAAAUUCAAGUUUCCUGGCCGUCAAAAGAUCAUUGUUAGCAGGAAGUGGGGAUUUACCAAGUUCAGCCGUGCUGAUUAUCUGAAUUACAAGUCAGAGAAUAAGAUUUUGCCAGAUGGUGUUAAUGCGAAGCUUCUUGGAUGCCAUGGACCCUUGGCCAAUCGCCAACCUGGAAGAGCUUUUCUGUCUGAAGUUGCAUAGGUUGACCAUUGCCAGAAAACGCUAGUACUUACCUAGAAGUUGUUAAGCAGAAGAGUUCAUUUUUUUUUUUUCAUUUUUUUGUUGUUGAACUGUGUUCUAUUCGUCGAACUAAAUGUUCAAUUUUGUUAUCGGUGCAUUUUUGCCUCUCUUCAGAACGGACGGUCUAUUUGGAUUUUGCAGUCCUUGAAUGAGUUUACUUAUUUCCACA